UUUUAUUUUGACACGUGACUUGUCGCCUUUCGCUUUAAAUUUUUUUUGAUUGAGUAAUUAAAUAUUUUCACUGAAGUUUGGCAAAACAUUAUUUUGUUGGUUCCAUAUUGAAGUUACAAAAUGGUGGAUGAUGCAAGCAAAAAAGAUGAGGCAAAAUUAUGGGGAGGAAGAUUCUCAGAGAAAUUAAACCCUACUAUGGAAACUUUCAAUGCGUCAUUAUCUUUUGACAAGCGUUUAUGGGACGUUGAUAUUAGGGGUAGUUAUGCCUACGUAAAAGCACUUGAGAAGUGUAAUCUUGUUUCGUCUGAUGAAAGCAAGAGCUUGUUGUUAGGUUUAUCCCAGAUUGCUGGAGAAUGGGCAUCAAAUAAGUUUGUCAUAAAAAAUGAUGAAGAUAUUCAUUCUGCAAAUGAAAGAAGACUCAAAGAAAUAAUUGGAAAUGAAAUAGGAGGAAAACUUCACGUUGGAAGAAGUAGAAAUGAUCAGGUAGCUACUGAUGAGAGAUUGUGGUUAAGAGAGCAAGCUACAGUGUUAAAAUCUCUGCUAUUAUCAUUUGUCAAAAUAUCCUGUCAACGAGCAAAAGCUGAAGUUGACAUUUUGAUGCCUGGUUAUACUCACCUGCAACGAGCUCAACCAAUCCGCUGGAGUCAUUGGAUGCUUAGUUAUGCUUGGUAUUUUCAUAACGAUGCUAAUAAAUUGGAAGAUGUAAUUUCAAGAAUGAAUGUAUGUCCUCUUGGAAGUGGUGCCUUAGCUGGAAACCCAUUUCAUAUCGACAGAGACCUUUUAGCAAAAGAACUGGGAUUUUCUGGAUGUAUGCCAAAUAGUUUAUUUGCUGUGAGUGACCGUGAUUUCAUUGCCGAAUUUUUGUUUUGGGCUUCUCUUCUUUCAACUCACUUGAGCAAGUGGGCUGAAGACUUGAUUUUGUACAGCUCGAAGGAAUUUGGCUUUGUGACAAUAGCAGAUGGAUACAGCACUGGAAGUAGUUUGAUGCCUCAAAAGAAAAAUGCAGAUAGUUUGGAAUUAAUUAGAGGAAAAACAGGACGUCUAAUAGGAAAUUGUGUUGGCUUUCUUGUUGUGUUGAAAGGACUACCUAGUGCAUUCAAUAAAGAUCUUCAGGAAGAUAAAGAACCUUUGUUUGAUACUUACUACUCUUUGGUGGAAAUUCUGCAAAUAGCAUGUGGCAUUCUUGAAACUUUAAAGGUCAAUAAAGAAUCUUGUUUAUCUGCUCUUUCUCCUGAAAUGUUAGCAACUGAUGUAGCUUAUUAUCUUGUCAGAAAAAAUCUACCAUUUCGUGAAGCUCACAAGAUUGCUGGAGAAGUUGUUGCUUUGGCUGAGAAAGAAAAAUGCCCUGUUUCAGAACUUACUGUGACUCAAUUAAAAGAAUUAAGUGAAUUAUUUAGUGAAGAUAUAUCAUCAAUUUGGAAUUAUGAACACAGUGUGGAGCAAUAUCAAGCAUUUGGAGGCACUGCAAAAGUAAAUAUUGAGCUUCAGGUCCAACAAUUAGAGCAAUGGAUAUCAGAUUCUCAAAUACUGACAACUCAAGUAUAAAAUUUACAAUAUUUCAUGUUUAUAUUUUCAAACCUUUUGCUCAAUUUGUGUUUUUGUUAUUCAAUAAAGAGAAUUUAAGUACAUAAACUUUCUUGUAUUUUGACACUAUAAAGGUUAAUGUCAUAUUUAUGUGUACUGCGUCCUUCAUAUAGUGUAACACUGUAUCAAAAUCCCAACUUCUUCAGGCAGAUUGUCUUGAUUUCAAAUACUGUUACAUCAUUGUUGAUGAUUGCAGUCAUAAAAUAUUGAUCUCAAUUAUAAAAGUAGGUGUUUUAAUCAUAGGACACAGCAUGAAAUCAGAAGGCACAGCAGGAAUAAAGGUCUGAAUUUGUAAUUCAAGUGUUUAAGUACUGAUAAUUGUUUCACAUUGGUAUAGAUUAGGGGUCUUCUUUAGGAUAAAAUAUAAGAAAUAAAAGGACAAUCUUUAUGGAAAAGCUUUUACAUUCAUCUUAUUUCUUUAUUAUUUUAAGAAUUUGCCCUUGGGUUUAAAAUCAAAGUUCCCGAAAAAAUUAAAUGCAACCCCCCAUAAAGACGACUCAAAUCCUUAAAAAAAAGAGAAGAUAAAUCGCCAAAUAAUAAUCAAAAGGGGAAAUUUUUACCUCAAAACAAAAAAUUUCAUUCCGCCACAGCCGAGAAAAAAAAAGUGGCAACCUUCUGAACGCUAAUUUAAAAUGAGAUUGUGCAAACGAUAAUUUUCCGAUUUAAAAUUUCUGUUCCAUUAGGCUUAGCAGUGCUUUUUAAUUUUUCCCCAGUGAUUUUACAGCACUUUUUUUUUUGAAAUUCGAAGGAAAUAAAUGAACUCAAUGGGUGUUUUUGUAGGCUUUCGAAUGGGACCUGAACUACAGAAAUCAGAUAAAUAUUUUGGGUAGAAAGAGCCAUUUAAUGCCAUUUUUGGGUCCUAAAAUUAAAAUUUGAAAAGUUUGUUUCUUUUUUGGUGUUUGAAAAUCCCCCUAUGUUCCUUCUCGGGUGCCCAAGUACCUCCCCGCCAAAUUUGAUCAAGAUCUGAUGAAAACUGUAGAUUUGUAUAGGCAACAUACACACACACACACAUAUCCUUUGUUUUAUUUAUAGAGAUUUAUUCAGUUUAAUUUUAUUAUAAAUUUUAUGUCCCAUAUUUAAGAACAAAUUUAUUUUAAAUCUGCAUUUUCAAGUCUUUUACCUUUUUUUUUUCCCCCCCCCAAAUUCAAACAUCUGCCCCUGUUUAUGCAAGAAUGCAUGUCAGCUGCUGAUUAUUUUUAACUAAAACUAACUUAAUAUUUGAUUUGCUUAUUGUAUCAUAGUGUAUGACAACAGGAGCGUAAACUGUUAGUAUUUUCAAAUGAUAAAUGGAUGCUCUCGAAGGAAUGUUUUCGUUUUUGACAAAGCAAAUCUUUAGCAAAAAGGGUUUCAUUGCACCAAAAUAUGAGUUUUAUUAUUUUUUUUUCUUUUUGCAAUCGCUAUAUAUUGCAUUUUAUUCUUUCACAUCUAAAAUUUUUAUUACUGUACUGUUGAAAAAUGUUUGUUUGGAUUUUAUUUUCAUAUUUUUGU